GUCAGUCGCAUUUUAGAAUUUCUGUGAGUUGGUUUUUUGUUUUGGGUGUUUCUUUUUGUCUACACUUGCAAACAUAAAUUUACGUGAAUAUAAAUAAAAUAAAAUAGAAAGAUUAAUAAUAGUGUAUAGAGAAUGAUUGGUACAUUAUCAGAGAUAAAACGAUUCCUGCAUUGGGGACCAAUUACUGCUUUAAGCAUAAUAAAGGUAAUAACUUUAACUACGCUCUAUAUGAACUCAAUGUGGUGGCCACCGAAUGCCACUUUGGGUGGUUUUAUUAAUCAGGGACUGUUUCUGCUGCUCUCCUCAGUAGCCACCUUCAACUACAUAAUGGCAACGCUCACAGGACCUGGUUUAUUGCCCAAAAAAUGGAAACCAAAAAACCCAAAUGAUGAAGACCACUUACAAUUCUGCAAAGUAUGCGAAGGUUUUAAAGCUCCUCGUUCACAUCAUUGUCGCAAAUGCGAUCGGUGCGUUAAAAAGAUGGACCACCACUGUCCGUGGAUAAAUCAUUGCGUUGGAUGGGCGAAUCAUGCUUAUUUCACCCACUUCCUUACCUUCUCCAUUUUGGGCAGUCUUCAAGCGUCCAUUAUUUUAGGAUUCGCCUUCUAUCGUGGCGUCCAUCGAUACUGGUAUCUCACACAUGGUUACCUUCAUUUAGCCACUGUGCAAUUCACAAUGGCAAGCAUUAUAAUGACCAUUAUAGCAAUGGGCUUGGCUAUUGGUGUUGUUAUUGCUUUGGGCAUGCUUCUUUAUAUACAACUUAAGUCCAUUCUGCAAAAUCAAACUAGUAUUGAGAUGUGGAUUGUAGAAAAGGCUAUCUACAGACGUUACUGCAAUCCAGACGAAGAUGAUUUUGUAUAUCCAUACGACUUGGGCUGGCGUCGAAAUUUACGUCAGGUAUUUAACAGAAGACUUGUAGAAAAAGGAGAUGGCAUUGUGUGGCCCGUUAUAGAUGGCUGCGACCAAUACACCUUAACGCGUGAGCAAAUUGCACAAAAAGAAGAGAAGCGCGCGCGUACGAAAACAUUUAGGUGCAUUCGUCCAGCAACAGGUCGCUUCCUGCCUCUUUUUUCGCAAGGUUUGCGUGUCUGCCUUUCACCACCGUGCACUGAUGAGGCACGUAUUCGCCUCGAACCCGGUGACGUGAUUAAAGUAACCCGCUUCCGUCAACACUGGUUGUUUGGCGAACGUGUUGUACCAGAGGUAGAGUUGCUCCAGCCGGGACUACAGCGCAAGGGGCCGAUACGCGGCUGGUUCCCACGUCGUUGUGCCAUUGAGCUUAUACAGCCCGAGGAAUAUUACUAUGCGAAUAGCAGCGAUCAAUCAGAGGGUGAGGCUGAGACUGGUGGUGAACAUCAAAACGCUGCCGCCGAAAAUAAAAGAGAAGUAAAUAGUGCCCCAAAUGGCGUGCCAAAAGUGUCUAAGAAAGCGCUUGCAAAUGGAAACAGCAAGCAGCAAACCAAAAAUGGUCAAAAAAAGAAAAAUAAGUGAUGCACAAUGUAUAUGGAACUCUUACAUGCGUGCAUACAUAUGUAUGUGCGCGAAAAGUAUGGAAAAUACAAAAGUGCAAUUUUAAGUCGCUAUGUGGGUGUUGUUUUACAUCGUCAGGGGUAUUUUAAAGGACAUCGGAAACUUAGCGUGUGUCACUCAACUACUUCCAAGACUUUCUUAGUGCUUAAUUAUAAUUUUUAUGUAGAAGCCAUAUACACUAUACAAUAUCUGCAGAAUAGUAGAUGAGUGGAUUUCAAUUAUGCGGUUUAUUGAAAUUCUUUGACUUUUUUAAAUCUGAAAACUUACAUAUGUAUGUAUGUGCGUACAUACUGGCAGGUUAAUAAAGGCUAUUGCUGUUGCAAAUGAUAUUUGAAACA